AUGGCGUCGGAAACUGUUCCUGAACCUCGAACACAUAAUGACUACCACGUUGGAUGGGUCUGUGCCCUGCCCACCGAACAGACCGCGGCGAUAGCUACGCUGGAUCAGAGGCACGAAAAUCUCCCGAAACCACCGAACGAUAAUAAUACAUACACACUCGGAUCUAUUGGUAAACAUAGUGUCGUUAUCGCCUGCCUGCCCAAGGGCAAAAUCGGCACUAUCUCAGCAGCGACCGUUGCCACUAAUAUGAUUUCUACCUUCCAGGGCAUCAAGUUUUGCCUGAUGGUUGGCAUCGGGGGUGGCAUUCCGCCUAAGGUUCGUCUCGGCGACGUCGUAGUUAGCACUCCUGUUGGGGCGUUGCCAGGCGUAGUGCAAUACGACUUGGGAAAGGCACAUCAUGGAGGAAAGUUCGAGAGAACUGGGGCGCUGAAUAGUCCGCCAAAUUACUUACUGGCAGCCUUGACAAUGGUAGAGUCAGAGCAUGAGCUGACUGGCUCUCGGAUCCCCGGAUACUUGAAGGAGCUGGAGCAGAAGUGGCCAGGAUUGGCGCCGAAGUACCUAAAGUCUAAUUCUCUCAAAGAUCAACUGUUCAAGCCAGACUAUUUCCAUAUCAACAAUAGUGGUAUAGAUGGAACAGGCAUCCCGAUUGAUGAUCAAGAAGCAGAGGGAAGCAAAGAGGAAGACAACUGCCGCUUCUGCGACACGAGCCAAACAGUAAAGAGGAAUCCUAGAGAAAUGCGAGUGCAUUACGGCUUGAUUGCAUCUGGAAACAAAGUGAUCAAAGAUUCCAUCUUACGUGAGAAGCUCAAUAGGGAUCUAGGUGGUCAGGUCCUGUGUGUUGAGAUGGAAGCGGCAGGGCUAGCGCAUAACUUCCCAUGUAUUACCAUCCGGGGCAUUUGCGAUUAUGCUGAUUCGCAUAAGAAUAAUGCUUGGCAAGCUCAUGCAGCCGUCGUGGCAGCUGCCUUUGCGAAGGAAUUACUGGACCAAGUACAGGCAAGCGACGUUGGGAGAGAGCCUACGGCAAAGGAAAUUCUGAGCCAAAUUCAUUCAACUGUUUUACAAUCUGAAACGAACAUUGGAGAAGUGAAACGUAAAAUGGACAGAAAAGAGGACAUCGAGAUCCUCGAGUGGCUCACGCCUAUCAAUUAUGGACCCCAACAGAGCGACAAUUUCAGCCAACGACAAGAAGGGACCGGCGAGUGGCUUCUGAGUUCCAAAGAGUUUCAAGAGUGGAUCGAGACUGGGCAGACGCUGUUUUGUCCAGGUGUUCCUGGAGCAGGCAAGACAAUCCUUACAUCAAUUGUCAUCAAUGAGCUUACUACCCGCUUUGGACAUAACGACACCGUCGGGAUUGCAUAUAUUUAUGGUAAUUUCCGACGGCAUGACGAACAGAAGCUCGAUCGUCUGCUCAACGGCCUUCUGAAGCAGUUAGUUCAAGGGCAGUCUUCUAUGCCAGCAAGCGUGAAAUCCCUCUACAACAAGCACAAUGUUAACAAGACACGGGCCUCCGUUGAAGAGGUUUCAACGACUAUACAGUCCAUUGCUGGUCUACAUUCACGGAUCUACAUCAUCGUUGACGCACUUGAUGAGCUCAAGGCAAUAGAUGGUUGCCGAAACAGAUUUUUGGAAGAGAUCUUCAAGCUCCAGGCCCAAUGCAGUGCGAAAUUCUUCGCUACCUCGAGAUUUAUCCCGGGAAUCACCGAGAUGUUUGAAGGAGGCACAACGAUUAAGAUCCGCGCCCACGAUGAGGACGUGCGAAGCUUUUUGGACAGCAAAAUCUCACAAUCAGGGCAGCUAUUGCAGACGCAUCGUGAGAUGAUCAAGACCGAAAUUGCCAAGGCAGUUGAUGGAAUGUUCCUCCUCGCACAACUUCAUUUCCAAUCUGUAUCCACAAAGAAGACACUUAAGAAGAUUAAGCAUGCAUUAAACAACCUUUCAUCUGGGCCGAAAGCAUACGAUAUUGCUUACAAGAAAGCUAUGGAGAGGAUCGGCGGCCAGGAUCAAGAUUCCAAGGAGCUCGCCACGCAGGUCCUUUCGUGGAUAACAUGCGCAAAGAGAGUUUUUACAACAUUAGAACUACAGCAUGCGCUAGCAGUAGAAGAAAGGGAUGUCGAGCUCAACAAAGAAAACCUUCCCCAGAUCGAUGAUAUGGUCUCGGUGUGUUCUGGAUUGGUCAAAGUUGAUGUAAAAAGCGGUAUUAUCCGCUUGGUUCACUAUACAACACAGGAGUACCUCGACCGGACUCGCGACGAGUGGUUUCCGAUUGCAGAGUCGGAAAUCACGAUGGCUUGUAUCACGUACCUCUCAUUCGACGUCUUCAAGGCUGGCUUUUGUAGAAGUGCAGAGGAGUAUACAGACCGUCUGACGUGGAAUCCGUUUUACGACUACGCCUAUCGCAAUUGGGGGCAUCAUGCUCUCAUGGCGUCUAUGGACGGAGACCAGGUGAUCAUAGAUUUCCUUGAAAGUCCAGCCAAGCUAUCUGCCUCAGUCCAGGCAAUAAUGCUUUCCGAACCUAAUGAAUCGGGGCAUAUUGCAGAUAUUUCACAUAUGGCAACCGAGGUACCAACUGCAGCAUACUUUGGGCUAUCGAAAACAAUAUUGGCUUUGUUGGAGAAUGGUCAUAUUGCGGAUCCUAAGAGUUUCGGUUGGUGCACGCCUUUGUCAUAUGCUGCAAGAUACGGGCACGAAGAGGUUGUUAAGCUCCUAAUCUCCAGGGACGACGUCGACCCUAACUCCAAGGAGAUGAUAUACAGCGAGACCCCGCUUUCUUGGGCCGCAAAGAAUGGGCACGCCGCCAUUGUCAAACUAUUGCUAGACAAGCAAGGGAUCUUCGCAGACCAUAAAGACCUCCAAAAGCGAACACCGUUGUUGUUGGCCGCAAAAAGCGGUCAUGCGGCAGUGGUAAGGCUGCUUCUCUCCAGGCAAGAUGUUGACCCCAACUCAACUGCCUGGGGGAGAAGAACGCCCUUAUCUUGGGCCGCAAACAAAGGGCACGCUGCGGUUGUCAAACUCCUCCUUGAUAAGAAAGGGGUCCUUGCAGACUAUGCGGAUGAAAGAAAUCGGACACCGUUGUCAUUUGCCGCAGAAAAUGGCCACGAGGCGGUGGUCAGGCUACUGCUUGCUAUGGACACCGUCGACGCAAACCGCAAAGGUUCUUAUUGCAAGUUAACACCUCUUGAUUAUGCAGUGUGUGGUGGCUACGAGACAGUAGUUAAGUUGCUACUGACGAAGACCCGGGUAACCUGGGGUGGAAGCUUGCUUGGGUCUGCCGCGAUCAAGGGGCAUGAGAGGGUCCUGAUGCUACUCGUGAAUAGCAGCGCCAUCCCGGACCGGCAAGGAAAGGAUCAAAACGCGACAGUUCAGGCCACUGGCAAGCAAGAUGAACACUUCUCGUCAUCAUGCCUCGUACAGGCUUCAUCCGAAAUAACAGCACUUCACUGGGCGGCUGAGAAUGGGCAACUGACAUUGGUGGAGACCCUUCUACAAAAUGGAGCACCUAUUAACGCCCCAAGAGUGACAGUAACGAGACGGGUGAUUGGGGAAACGGAGUACUCCACCCAGAAGUCAGAGACAGCAUUACAUCUAGCAGUCGAAAACGGGCACAAGGCGACGGGUUCAAAGCGCAUCGAAAAGGCAAGACGGAUAUUUUGGAACUAUAUUAGACGAACAUAA